AUGAUUACACAAUUCAACAGGAAAGGCUAAAUCAAUUUGAAAGUGUUCAUCCUGGAACGAUUACUUCAUUUACAGUAUUUUGUAAGUCUUUAAAAAAUGAUGUUUUAUUUUAUUAGCAUUUUAGGUGAUUUCUAAGGCAUUACAUUUUUAUGGGUUCCUAUUUUUGAAUCCUAGAAAUUAACAUUUUUUUAAAAUAAAAUUAAUUAUGAGUCAUUUAUCAUAUACCUAAGCAGGAUCGAUGAGUUGAUUAAUUUUCAAUUUAAUGCAUCAUUACAGUAUUAUUUGAUUCCACUUUUGAUUCAAAUUUUGUUGUUUUUUAUACCCUUACUUAUAUUGAUAUAUCAAUAAAAGAGGGAAAGAAUACUAAAACUUACCAUAGUCAACUUUUACAUCAAGAUUAGUUCAAUCUUUUUUUAAACGUUUGUAACCUACUUAUAUGUGCCAUUUACAGUGUUAUGUACUUAAACAUUACUUAUUACUCUCAGCCAAAAUUAAUCUAUUUUCCAUUUAAUUUUUGCAACAUUUUCCCUCUUGUUAACCUUCAUCAUCCUAAUCAUCAACCUUGUGCUUAACAGAGAAACAAUUGAUUUAAAAGUAAAUCGAUUCUAAAAAUUUAAUUAAACGUUUCUGGAUUAUCUAUAGGUAAUCCUCUAGAUAUUAUAAAUUUUUGUUUAUGGCAUCAUCAAGAGUGAAAUUAAUGGAUAAACUUUAUAAGGUGUCUUAGUUCUCACGAUGUCCUUCAUCAACAUUGUGUAGGUCUUUUAAUUUGAAUACACGGAUGUUCUGAGGACCAAAUUUAGUUUGAUGAUUUCAUCAUUUGGCUGUGUUGCAUCAAUAUAUAGUCUAAUUUAAAAUCUCCAAUAGGAUUUAAUUUAUAAAUUUACAAAUACUGGAAUUAUAAUGGUAUACAUAACCUUAAGCAAACUCUUAUUGAUAUUUUAUAGCUAAAGGGAAGAGAGCAUACAAAACAAUAUUUUAUUAAUCAAAUAACAUAAGAUCAUCAAAUAUUAUUUAUCCAGACUGGUGACUGAUGACCUAUCAAAAAGUGAAAAGAGAAUAAAUCAUUCAAUUUUAUUACAUCAGAUGAGUAAGAUCUUCGAAUAACACUCAAAUGAUUCAGAAGUUAAAUAAACUGAUAUUACUAUUUUAACAUCUUAAAAUUUAGAUGUCUUUGUUUAAAAAAAACUAAAACAAUAUGUAAAGUGCAUUUCUUAGAUUAAAGGAAUUGAUUUACAUUAUGUAGCCUUAUUGUAUAGUUUUGGCUUUUCAAAUAUAGCUUUAAUUUAGAUAAACUCAUUAAUAAAUAAAUAAUUAAUUUAAACAAAAUAUAAAGGUUUCUUGGGAGAUGGUGAUGCUCCAAGUAGCAUUUUAGAUAGUUCCUAAAAAUAUGCAGCUCAUCAAUCAGUUUCCAGUAAGUCAUUGAGAUCUAAUACAGAUGAAAUUAAUGAUAUGGCGAAAAGAGCCUAGUUUAAAAAGAGUAAACUAUUGAUGAUUGGGAAUUAUUAAUUGUCAUCUCUCAAUACUGCUAGGGCAUUGUUUUUGAAGAAUCAGAUAAAAGAGAAUUUGUAGUUCAGAUUUUAUGAGAAUAAUAAUACUAAAUCUUAGUUAAAUGAUAUGAAAUAAGGAGUUGAAUUGUUUCUGAAGAAUGAGAAAAGAAAUUAGGGAUUAAAAAAUACAAUGAUUAAAUUGAUUAAUGAAAAAGUAUCCUUUACUUUGUAAUUUACAACCAAAAAAGCUAUUGAUGCAGACUAAUUAUAUAAUAAAGCAAUCAAACUUAGUAAAAUAUAAUAAAGUCUAGAAGAUAAGCUGUUUAUAAGAUAUUAAUAAUUCCCAAGUUUAAAAAUCUAAUCCAUCUUAGUAUUUUAUCAAGGGGAAAUCUUGAAUAAUUUCAUUGAAGCUCAUAAAUAUAAGAAUUUGACAUCAAUGCCAGAAGAACAAUUAAUCAACAUGGAUGUUAGUAUUAAGACAGCCUUUUUUUCGAAGAAAGUUGUUUAUUUAAAUAUUUAGCUGGAAUAUAAUUAAAAUUUAUUAAUUACCAGCAAGUCUGAAAAUUCGUUGAAAUUUUUUUAGAUAUCUUAAGAAGACUAAAAGCAUUUUACUAAUGUUGAUUAUCUCCUUCCUUUGGCUAUAAAAAAUGAGCACAGCUUAUUAGUUUAACGAUUUACAUAAACAAGCAAAUCAAAAUUUUACUUAAAUUCAAGUUAAACCUUUUUUAAAUUAAAUAACUUGCUAAUAAAGUCAUGCUAACUUCUAUUUGACAUUCAUUUUGAUAACAUAAAUCAUUAUAAGUUUUCUGCUUUUUUUUCAGAGAGCAUAAAUCAAUCUGCUUAUUUGUUGGUUGAUAUCAAUCAAAAAUUAGGAGGAAUAACAGAGAGUUUCUUUGAAAAAUUAGGAUUAAAUGAAGAAUAUUAUAAUUAAUUUAAUAUGUAGGAAUCAACACAAUUACAAAUUGAUUAUCUAAUCCCUAACUUUAAAAAGUUAAUCGAAUCUAAAUAAUAAAAUACAAUCACUGAAUUGAGAUUCUUGAAGGAAGCCUACCUAUUGGAAAGUUAUGGAGAGAAACUUAGGAAUCAAACUCGAUAAUAGUCAUUAACUUCGACUCACUGGUCCAAUCUUGAUUAGACAUACAUUUUUGAAGCUGAAAUAUGCAUACAAUACCAUGAUAUAUUUGGUUAUAAUUACUUCAUUAUAGAAAUUAAAGAUGUAAAACAAUUAAUAAAUUCGAAAAGAUCGUAAGUUUCAAGUAGAAAUAAAAAAGUGGAGGGAUUAGAAGAGUUUUUUGAGUUAUCUGAAUUGUCAGAAGUUGAAGCUGUAGCUUAAUCUCCUAAAAUAUCGAGGCAGCAAAAUAAGUUCAAAAUUUGUUAUGAUGAAAACAUGGAUGAGAAUAAAAUGAUAGCAAAAAUAGCAUAAGAAUUGGAAGAGAAAUAAAAAGCAGAUAAAUAAUAAUAAUUAGAAUAAUCAUAAUAGAAAUAAGAAAUCUCUUUCUAGUAGAAUAUUCUUAGUCCUAAUUUUAGUAAUGCUCCUUGGUAGGAUCAAUCUCAAAUACCACUACAAAUACAACAAAGCAUGUAACAGGACUACUUUCAUAAGGACAAUAGCGAUGAUAAAUCAUUUUCUUUGUACUAAUCAAAAAAUAUCAAAUUGGAAGAAUUAGAAGAUGAAUUCAAAAGUAGAAUUGAAAAGUAAAAGGUUGCUGCCAGAUAAAACAAGGAUGUGGUAGGAGAAAAAGAAUAAUCUUCAUCUAAUAAUGCAUUGAAGGGGAUUAAGAAGUCAAUCUUUUAUAAAAAAUAUGAAACUAUUUUUCAGUUGAUUGGGCCUAUCACUCCAACUACCUUAAAACUGUUCAUAAUGUUUUAAGAACUCACUUACAUAAUUGCGUUAACAUAUUUUAUUAUUAUACUUGGGAGUGCAUAAGUAGAUUUAAAUAGAUUCAUAGGUGAAAUAGACAUGAUCUAGUUGCAUGCAGGAAUAAUGAAUCCUCAUGAUUUGUAUUUGCAGAUUAGACAACCAAUUAUCACAUAUAAUUCCUUUUUAGUUGCAGGUAAAAUCACUCAGGCAGAAUUCAAAGAACUUACUGAUCCCUUGUAUGAGAAUGUGGGUAUUGGAUAUUACGAAUUCAAAGAAGGAUUUAUAUAUUGGUUAGGUAAUGAGUACUUGACUCCUUUUUUAAAGGAUAAAAAUAUAACAGUGUACUACAUGUUGUAUAAUGGAUCUAAGACUUAUCCGAUUACUCAAAAUAUUAGAGAAGCAUUGAUGGCUACCUUGUCAUAUUAUUAUGAUUUCAAAUUGAGAUUUGAGGCAAGGUUGAGUACUGCUAAUCAAACCUAUUAGGUCUAUCAAUUUGCCAAUAUUUAUAACUUUCAUUUCUGGUUAGAAGACGUGACAAUGGAAGUUUACUAAUAUUCAAAGAAUAGAAGUAUAGAUAUCAGCAACAAGUGGAAUAUGAUUUGGAUCAUUUAUCUGAUGGUGAAUAUUUGUCCAUUGUUUGCUAGUUUAUUUUAUUAUAGGUUAUUCAAUUCGAAAUUCGAUCAAUUGGUAAGUCUUUUUAAAUAUUGUUCAUCAUAUAGAAUGGAAUUGGAGUUAGAAAGAUUAAAGUACAUUUUAAAAGUGCUGAACAAGAAUAGCGAUCUAUUAUUUAAUUACUAAUUUAAUAUCGAAUAAAAGGAAGAGGAUAUAUUCAAGUUAAGGCAGGAGCAUGAAUAACAAAAAGUUAAGGAUAUAAAGAUUUAGUAAUAGUUCAAAAAGAUAUCGUUUGGCAUCAAAUUUAUUGUUGUAAUUCUUGGAUGGAUGAUCUUUUUUGCUUUGAGUUUAGUUUCUAAUAUUCAAAUCGGUGAAUAUUUAAACAAGUACUCAGCUACUGCCGAUGCAUAUAAAUUGAUUUAAGAUAUGUCCUUGUAUGCUGGAACACUUUAUAGAAACAGAGAUUUUGGAUUAGCUUUUGCAAAUUACCCUUACUUGAGGCCUUUUGACACAGAAAAGUUUUAUUACACCAUUAAUACAGGUUUAGAAACAAUAUCUAAAUUCUUACAAUUCUCUUACACUUUCGAUUCUAGUCAAUAUUAGACUUCUGAGGAUUUCUUUAAAUUCUUUCAAUCCUUAUAGGAAUAAAAUAUUUGCAUAGUAUUGGGGGAUGAAAAUUUGGGGUUCUUAAAAUAAUAUUGUGAAAAGUCAUUGUAAGGUUCAUUAUUGUUAGGACUGUUUCCUACUUUAAAAUUUAUAUCUAACUAAAUCUCCAAUCAAAUGAUGAUUAAUAAUUUUACUAAGAGAGUGGAGUUUAAUAAGUAUGAGAAUGAAGGUAGUAUUAUAGUGCUGAGAGCAUUUUAACUGAUGAGCAAAUAAUUUAAGAUAGGAAUGGUCAAUGUUACAGAAUAAUAAAUUACUAUAUGCAACACAAUAUCAAUUAUCUUUAUUGUUUAUUCAUUACUAUUGAUGUCUUAUUUACUAUUCAUUUUAUUGCAAAAAUUAAGGAUUGAGUUGAAUUUAGCCAGGAGAUUUAUUUUGUUAAUACCAUCAACUGUGUUAUUCCUGGAUGAUCAAUUUGAUAGACAUGUAAGAAUUCUAAUUGCAGGACAGGAUUAUUGA